UGUGUGUUUACUAGAGCUAAGAAUGCAAACUAACAUUUCUAGUAUUUGUGUAUAAAUUGAUGUCUUUACUGGGAUUAUUCAUUGGGCAAAGGCAUUUCACAACAAAUUCUUUUCCCCCAUGUAAAAUAACCCUUUAGAAACUGAAAAUAGUUUUGUUGGAACAUCUGUAAAAAAUCACAAUUAAAUGGCACAACCAAUUAAAUGCAGUAUCUCACUUUGCACAAAAUAACUAGGUAUUAGCCGUAUGCUUUUUAGGGAAUUUAGCCACAUUCUGAUGUCAUUUAUGGAAAUGCAUGUGGAAGCCAGGGAGAAACUCUUAAGAGAAAUUUGAAACAGAACUAGGGCAGAAGUAAGACUGCCAAACAGCUUUUACGUUUUUCACUUCUAGCUAUACAAGGCUUGUGAGUUGUAGAAGACAAAGUUACAACUUGGAUUUUAGCUUGUCUUGGCAAGGAAUAAAUGUUAGACCAAUCUUUUUAAACAGGAACUGAAACUGGAUGUUCAGAUAAACUGAAGGCAAACACAAAGACAGAGGCUAUGACAAACUACAUGGAUGACUUAACUCUCAGCUCACCAAGGGGGAGAGAGAGUCGCUCAAAGUCUAAUACUAGUCAUGGCAGAUCAUCAAGAUCAUCUGGCAGAUCAUCAAGAUCAUCUGGCAGAUCAUCAAGAUCAUCUGGCAGAUCAUCUUACAGUUCACGUUCUAGUUCAAGCACUUCAGCUUCCUCAAGGAGUUGGAGUAGGUCCAGAAGCAGAUCAAGAUCACGAGCUAGAAGAAAUGGUUUCAGAAGGUAUAGAAGAUACUCCAGAUCGUAUUCCAGAAGUUGGUCAAGAUCACGUAGCAUUCAAUACAGAAGAAGGUACCAUCCUAGGAUGUACAGGAGAUAUCAUCGUUCUCCUCCAAGAUACAGAUCACGUACCAGAUCCAGGUCUCGUGGAAGGUCAUGGUCUCGUGGAAGACCAUAUUAUAGAAGUUUUUCAAGGAGCAGAUCACGAUCAAGAGGUCGAAGAUACUAUGGAUUUGGGAGAACCAUAUAUCCUGAGGCUUACAGAAGUUGGAGAAGCAGAUCACGAACAAGAUCUCAUAGUAGAACACCUCUGCGUUUAAGUGAAAAAGAAAGGCGGGAACUCCUAGAAAUUGCAAAGGCUAAUGCUGCAAAAGCCCUGGGAACAGAUAACAUAGUCUUGCCAGCUAGCUUGCGAGUCUGCAGCACAUCCAAAGAGACAAAUGGUGGAAAAUGCAGAAGCGAAGAUUCUGUGGAGUCUGAGAAAUCAUGAAUAUGGUCUCCAGACAUUGAUGAAGAAAAUCUGGUGGUAAUUAAAGGACUUGUGGGCUCUAGUUACUGUGAAUUAAGGGAGGGAAAAGAAGUAACUUAUUCAGGUUUAACUGGCGCUGUACUAGAAAUGUUAAAUGUUUUACAUGUGGUCGGAUGAUCUCUACAAUAGUAACUACAUAGCAAGCUACCAAACUUUUGUGUCAAAGUAAAAUUAAUAAGGGUUUCUUAGACAACUACAUAAAUGGCACAGGCAUAAUGUAUGUAAUAUAUUCCAGAUAUUGAGAGAUUACAGAAGAAGAGGCCUGCAUCACUUGCAGAUAAGUUUAUUGUCCUUCUCCAAAGCUCUGCAGGGUGGAUACAGGGUUCACACACAGCUUGCUGUAACAAUUCCAUUUCAGUUUGUGAAGUCCAUGCUUAGUCAAUUAUCACUUAAAUUCUCUAAAGCUAAAACAUGUAUAUGUAUAGCCUUAUAUCAUGUACAUUGACACAAUUGUAUUGAUAAAUUCCAAAACUUUCCUAAUUUGAGUUAUCAACACUGAUCAGUAUGUGCAUUCUAGUACUCUAUAAUUUAAGCUACUAUUGAUCAGUAAAGUAGAGAAUUUAUACUAGAAUAUUCACAUACUCUAGAGAAUUUCCUUAGUUCACAUAGAACAUCUGUAACCAUGUUUUAAACUGAGCCUCCUUCUUUAGCAAUCCAGAAGACUAACAGAAGACUUAACCAAAAGUGGAACUGAGAGCUCCCACAACAAAAGUCAUAUCUUUCAGCCUUAAUAACACAGUGGCAAAGCCAGUACUCCAGAAACCAGGAAGUCCCUCUGCUACAGAGCCAACAGUAUCCUUGGGAAAAGAAGAUACAAAGCAAAAUCCCUAUGGGCAAUGGGUUCCUAUCAAGAAGGAAGAAAACCGCUUAUUUUUUAAAUUUUUCACCUAAGUGCAUCUUUCUGAGCACACUAGUACCUUUCACUGCCUUGUGAACUAUUGGCAAAUGCAUUAUUUCCAGAAGUGAUGUCUGAAAUCCUUGCAUCAGGUUCAGUAUAUUUUUAAGCAUUUUAAAAAUACUAAUUUUCACAUUAGGUUUUUUCCAGAUAUGAAAACACAGCACAGUGGUUCAGAAACAAGUGGUGGAAAUCUUGUGUGUAUAUUUGUAAAUAUUUUUGUAUCACUAAUGGAGUAGAAAUUACAGGUGGGUAAUCUUUUUCUCAAUCUUACUUUAGCAGUGACUGAUGAACAUUCAUAAUGUAGUUAAGUAAAACCUCUGUUUCACUUUUCAAAAGUUGAAGUGUGGUAGCAACUUGAAGGCCCUAUGUAAUCCGUUAUGCUGGAAAGCUGCCCUCUGUUUGUUGUCUGAGCUCUGUGGGUGUAAACUGGCAUUUAUUUAGCUUUGAGUAAAUGAAGUAACAAGCAAAUAUGAAAGUCAGUCAGUUGGAGCAACUUUUAAAGUUUUUUUUUUUUUUUUAUACCAACACCUGGACUUCAAUUUGAAAAUGUUUAAGGCCUACCCUGCUUUUUUUUAUAAGCCUAUUCCAGAGAAUGAUUCUUAAAUAUCUCUGCAGGAUUGAUUGCUAUGCAAGCAUCUUUACUUAUUUUUUUAAAUCUUUAAGGGAUCAGUCCCUGCUUUUUUAUAAUUUGGACGUAAAUUCUAAUGCUUAACAUUUAAGCACAGGUCAUCUUUAGUUCCAGACUUGUAAACACUUAUGACCAAAUCCCCUCUAAAAUCAUAACACUCAAAUACUCUGGACUCCAAAGCAGUUAAGGAGAUGAGUGAAGAUAAUCGAAGUUAUAUUAUCCUAAUUUGUUUCUAGUCCUGAACCUAUACUGGUGAUCUGUGCCACUUUCAGUAUGAAGCAUUGGUGUACAGUAACCUUCUGUCCUCAGCAGUUCUAAACUUUGUAGUGUUUGAAGAUAAAUGUGAGGUUUAAGUAUUUCCUGGGGCUUAAGGGUAUUUUACAACACUUCACUUUUUGGGGGAGGGGGGUGAAGUCUGAACUGGAAUUUAUGUAAAUAGAUUGCACAAUAAAAUUUGCAUUGUA